ACCAUAUCCAGAAGCGACUUCCGAAUUUUGAAGGCUAAUGGAAUAAGGCUUAUUCAAUUUGGAAUCGAUGCCUUUAAGGCAGAACAUGCCUGGGAAAGGGGAAGAGUUGACAAAUCUGGGAGUAUAUUGGAACCUUUUGUUAACAUUCCGGAGCAUACAGUGCGUGAAGCAUUGCAAGUAGUGCUUGAUGUUAGGAACCACCCUGUGUUAAUUCAUUGCAAACGAGGAAAGCAUCGCACCGGAUGUAUAGUGGGAUGCUUAAGGAGGUUGCAGAGAUGGUGUCUAUCAUCUGUGUUUGAUGAGUACCAAAGGUUUGCUGCUGCCAAAGCUAGAGUGUCAGAUCAGAGGUUUAUUGAAUUGUUUGACAUUUCUGGUUUGAAGAACAAUCCAAUGUCAUUUUCAAGCUCAAAAAAGUAGAAACAUUGGCGUACUUGACAAUGCUAUUGCUUCCUCCAUGGAAACUUUCCGUGAUGAAGAGAAGACUGAUACUUGUCUUUUCUUUCUGUCUUUUUCGCUGUUACUUUGGUCGUACAGUGUGGUAUUCCAAGUGUAGCAUUUCUAUGCUGAAAUGGAACCGAGUGAUUGGAUGAUUUUAUAACUUACAAUUUUUAUCAGCUUAGUUAAGCUUUUGUCUUUCGAGAACUUCAA